AUGGGUGCCUCCUCCUCCAAGGGCCCUGCCAUCACGGCGCAGGACCGUGCCGUGCUCGACCUCAAGCUGCAGCGCGACAAGGUCAAGCAGUACCGCAAGAAGGCGCAGCACAGCGCUGACGCCGCAUCGCCUCCUGCGCAGCUGCAGUACGUCCUCGAUGCAGAGCACUCCGCCGCACGCGCCGCCCUGGCACGCGGCGACAAGGAGCGUGCACGCACGGCGCUGCGGAGGCGCAAGUGGCAGGAGGGCAUGAUUGCAAAGACGGACACGCAGCUCGAGACGCUCGAGGGCCUGGUCUCCACCAUCGAGUUCGCGCAGAUCGAAGUCUCGGUCAUGCAUGGCCUCAAGCAAGGCAAUGCCGUGCUGAAGGAGAUCCACAAGGAGCUCAAUCCCGAGAGUGUCGAGCGUCUGAUGAGCGAGACGGCCGAUGCCGUGGCGUAUCAGAAGGAGAUCGACGAGAUGCUGUCGAGUCGCAUGACGGCGGAGGAGGAGGAGGAAGUGGCCGACGAGCUGGCGGCGCUCGAGGCAGAGGCGAGGCGCGAGAGAGGCGAGGCGGAGCCUGUGGUCCAGCUGCCCGACGCGCCGACGACCGAGCCGGUGCGACAGCCGCAGCGCGUGCCUGCGCACGAGGAGGAAGAGCAGGAGGAGCGCGUCGCCAUUGCGGCAUAG